UUAGAAAAUAAGGCAUGGCAACACUUUCAAAAUGUCAUUCUGAGGUCAUGUUUUGCAUUUUAUCGUCUGCUAAAUGUUUUGACAGAUUCAAACAAAUCUCCAAUUGUCAUUUUAGGCAUAUGUAAGGAAAGGCGUAAAUUAAAUGUCUGUUUUAACUUCUCGACCUUCAGAUAUAUUUGCUACUAGCAAUAGAAGAAAGCAAUGGCAGACAGAAAUGCACAAACAGCAGAGUUUUUCUUUGGAUCUUCCACAAAAUAUCUAUGACAAUAACAAACUCUCGCGUGCUUUAGACAGUCUAUGUUUCGAACAGCCCUUAAGAUGUCGGGAUGAAGAUCGAGUAUUUUUAUAUUUACCGAGAAAUCUUUCAUAUUGUGAAGUAUGUUCAGAUGUUAUUCGUGAUCACGUUCAAAAAAAGGUACGAUUAUUAAGUAAUCGGCUGUGCCAGUAUGAUGAUGUACCUCCUACACCGGUUGAAAAUCGACCCAUCUUUAGUGUUGGAGAAGAAGAAUCCGAAGAAAGCCAAAAGGAAAACUCUUGCUCUACAUGUCUUUCCCCUUCCUCAGAAGAGGAGAUCAAAAACUCUCUCAAUCAUUUUAUGAAAAAGCCUAUCCUAAAAAAAGGCAAAAGAGCUAUUUCAUUCCCUGCUCCACGUAGGGAGGGUAAGAAAGUCGUGAGAUUCGCCGAUGCACUGGGACUAGAGCUCGAAUCAAUAAGAUUUCUAGUUCAGAAAGAUUUGCCAAAAAUAGUACCAUCUGGGACGCAAUUCGACAAAAAAACAAAAUUGCUUUCAGGGAUGAGAAAAAUCCAGCUUGUCCCAGCCUUUCUUCCACCAUCUCUUAGCGUAUCAUUUAUGGGACGAUUACAGAAACUGAAAGUUUCGCUGCACAGUGUCAGUACUGCCGACAGCACUGUCUAUGGUAUUAUAAGUGUGAUUAAUAUGACGUUCCACAAAACCGUAUAUGUCAGGUAUACAGCCAAUGAUUGGUUGAGCCAUCACGAUGAGCUUGCAGCAUAUCUGGAGGGAUCUAGUGCAGAAGAUACUGACAAAUUUUCUUUCACUUUAUUUUGUAAUCCCUCUGAUUUAAACACUUUGGGACACUCUCUCUUUUUCGCUGUUUGCUAUGAAACGGCUGAAGGUGAAACAUAUUGGGACAAUAAUGAUGGUAAAAACUAUUGUAUCAAAUGUGAAGCUAGAGAAAUCCCAAAGGUUGGCAGUCACAGCUGGGUUCAUUUUCUUUAAAUCAAAUCUAAUGGAGAUUUUGAACAAUCAAUUGUAUACUAGUAGAAUUUUAUAUUUAACAUCUAUCUUAUAGAUUAGUUCGAUAAUUUUUGCUUCAUGUUUUAUUUUUCAAUUAAUAUUUAAGUAUAGGAAACAUUGAGUUCAUAUUCCAUAUGAGAAAUAAUUUUGUAAUUAAUUGAAAAACUUAAGAAUUUUUGAAAAAAAAAUGUAAAAUUUUUCGGUAAAAAUUUUAAGUCUUUUUUUAAUAUAACUUUGUUUUAUUUUGUCUAGUUUUCAAAUUUCAAUUGAUAAAGAAACUAAACAACAAGACUUUGAUUGUUUUUGGAGUGGAGGAAGGUUCCAUGUGCAUUUAGUAACAGACGACAAAUUAACUUGUAAUUAACCUGUCUUUGGGUUGCAAAUUAAAAUGCAACGAGUAAAUGUCAAGUAUUAAGAGUUUCAAUAAAUAUUAUGGAUCUAUAAAUCUUUAUAGAAACUUGCAGAUAUAUAAGAAUAAUGGUAUAGUAAUAAUCUUCAUGUUCAAUUCUCAACAUGUACACUUUAAAGCUAACUCAAUCAAAAUCAUUAAAAUGUUUCUUCAUCCACUUAGCUCCAAUUAGGUUUUGCAUUUAACAUAUUUUAUAAAACUAUGACUGUAAAUUAUUUUUGUCAUCACAAAAAAUGUUUGAGUAGGA